AGUGACAACGGUCUCUAUCAGUACGCGCGCUUUAUUUAUCUCAAUUAGCAAUGUAAUGAGAAUAUGACUGUUGCCAGUUCGUACAGAAAGCUGGUCACGAAAGCAAAGAUUUUCCUUCGUCUCCCAAAUCCAAAAAUAUACAGGUUUGCACCUGAUUUGUAUUGAAAAAUGCUUCGUUGAGUCCUUGUUUUAAAAAUAAUAAUUUAAAUAAUUUAAAUAAUUUCCUUGCCGUAGUUUCAGUAAGGUUACAAGACUUAUUUACUGUUAUACACAAUGGUUAAGAUUUAUUGUAUUCAAAUAAACAAUCUGCAAGAGUCUAAUAAACCGCUUGUUUACAUCAAAAUUUUCAGGUUUUUAGACUUUACAACCAAAUGCCAAAUUUGUACUGACUAAACUACAAGUUUUAACUUAUGAUAUGGUGAGGACAAACGUUUAAGGAAAAACGGAAGUUUUGUGUUGGCCUUCCUAGGUUACGACUUCGAAACCUCGUUUAAAGCUGUCGAAUACUCGAGAACGCAACGGUGUCAAAGAUGGUCUUCUAAAAAAGUAUAAUCUUUCCAUUCAGUUAAUUUUAGAAAGUUAUCUGAUCGGGAAAUUACUAAUGGUUUAUGAAUCUGACGUGUCUAAGGUGACAAUUGCGUUAGUGAUUUGCUGCACGGACAAUUUUAUGGAGGAUUUAUGAGGCAAACGUUUUGUUACAACAAAGGAAAAGUGUAGCGUAACCAUAGCAAAUAGUUCUCUCAUGGUGUACCGAAUUCCCUUUGUUUUCUCUUCUUUUUGUUUUUCAAACCAGGAAACAGCGUAAGUGGGUUUAAAAUGACAUUUCUGUCCGCCGGCUCAACUCAGAGAUAAUGUUAAUUUCAUGAUGUUAUAAAAUAUAUAAAGAAGCCAAUAAUUUCCGCCCAUUCGUCAUGAAAAGGAAACCAAGACGAGUAUUCGUUUAUUAAGUAAAAAAAAUUCUCUUUGGAGUACUAGAAACAAACUAGAAACAUGGCACUGUAUAAUUUUCAAUCGAAUUUUGUGUUUCGUAAGGAAGGAAACAGCGCGCUAUUGUUGAAUAUCAACUUCCCUAUUAGCUUCAAACUAAAUAUACUUUAAGAGGCGACGGAUCUUCUAAAUUUAGUCUUAUUUUUGAAGUAGAGAUGUUUCUUUAUAGAGAAGAGAGACGAAAGAGAACUCAUUUCAUUGUACUCGACGACGUUGGGGACGAUCGGGUUUGCAAGGCAAUUAACAGUUUCACUGUCGUUCUGUCUUGUGUUCCUGAUCUUCAAUCGUUUCGCGACAUUCCAUCUCAGAAAAACGGAAAUCUCAAACUUCAUGUCGCCUUAGUGCGGGAUUCUAAGACAUCUGACAUGAACGUCAACAGACCAUUUGUUUGGUUCCCCAUUCGUUAACCUUUCAUUCCGCCUCAUAGACGCCUACAAGGCCGAGACCAAUCUGGGCCCAGUAGCCUGUGUACAGCUGCGCCCCCAUCCCCUAGGGGCCGAUUUUGUUUUAGGGGAGGGGAGGGGGCGGCUGUACAAUAGUAAGUACAAUUCCGCUCAGUGCCGUAAGAAGCUCAGUAAAAUUGCGAUUUGAAAAGUCGAUCUACACUAAGUUUUGGAAAAUGAAGAACUAUCAAAACCGAUUCAUUAUCCCUAGUACUGCUCACGGCGAACUCUCGAAGCUGGCGUGGCGAUGACAGGCGAAUACAGCCGCCUCUCUCCGAGCUCCUGUCGCGCCUAAGGAUGUUUCGAGGGGUAGGGUUAAAUGUUUUUCGAUCUAUAACAAACAUGGAUGUGGUCAAGAGCCAUAGUGGGACCUCUUGAUGUGGUCCAUUUUCGUUAAAGUUUUCAAAAAUUGUUUUUUCACUUUAAGGGUUUGAUUGAACCAGCUUUAGGUGCUAGGGGAGGACAAACUCGACAACUUUUUGUUUUGUUGUUAUAACGUACCAAGGAUUUUAAGGCCGAAUUUUCCCCGGUACGUUGCUGAAUACGCUUUUUGAAAUCUGCGAUCCAUCUGAGCCGCGCGAGACGAGUCUCACGUGCAAUUCGUAAGAGGAUUCCCCGCGCGCUACUCGAGCUUGAGAGCAUACGCCAUUACUCGCAGGCUAAAGUUUCCGCUUCUCUGUUUCAGCUCUCAGCAUGACUCUUCCCUAUGGCAUGAUUGCUCCACCUGGAAUGGACCCGCGGACCCUAAAUUUCUACCCUUACGGUAGCCCGGUAAUGAGCUUUCAAAACUACGCUGCCAGCUACGGACAGGGUCCACGCGUCAAAAAUAGUGAAGAAACAACAGCGUCCGACAAAACAAGUACUGCGUCCACUCACGUAAGGUCAGUACAGUAAAAUAUCAUGUGAAUAAUCAUGAACGGUGCCAAGUUUAGCAUCCCUAGGGUUAUGUAUCCCUCACCCUAGGGAUUCACGUAUCCGUAGGGUGAGGCUCGAAAGCUGUUCAAUUUUAUUUUUCACUUUUCCUCAGGAAAAGUAAAGUCACUUCCUGCGUGACUCGGUGUUGUAGGUUAGCAUCAUGAAGUGAAGAAUGAAAUUCAGGGUUUUUUAUUCUUUCAAUAUAUAAAAGCUAAAACUCGAGAACGCACAAAAAAAUUUUAAAUACAUUUUUUCCUUGCAAAAUACUGGAAAAUUAGUUUUCUCAUUAGCGCAUUGUUUUCUAAAAGCGUUGAUUGAGAGAUCUUAAGGUCUUAACCGCUUGUUCAAUACGGUGUCGCUUUUCACUCUACAUUCUCUUAUGAACGACUUCUUUGGGCUGAGGCUGAGCAAAAACUCAGUGAUCGUUCUUAUUUUGGGGGAGAUUUGAACCUCAAAACGUUUUCAAGAUGUUCUCAAAUUAGAGGUUGUAAAAAUGUGGUUGGCAGGCCUGCAUGACUUUUAUCUCACACGGCGGAAGAGGCAUCAGUGCAUACCAAGCAUUUACUACAUUGCUUAUAGUAAUUUCUCUUUAUUUCUUUUCUUGAAACUGGUGUUCUUAACUGGCAUUUAAGCUUGAGCUAUGUUGUUAGGAUGUUCUUAUAUGUUCUUAUAAUUAAAGUUCGUAUAAAGAGUUUACUGUACUGAUGUGAAUGCAUGGUUACUGCUGUUUUAAUACGUCCUAUACUGCCCUUAUUUAUUUUCCCACGGAGUACAACGACUCCUGCAGAAUCAAGAUGCCACUACUUGUCUUUUGAAUCAUAGCUAACAAGGACUAUUAGACAUCCGAAAAUAAUGAUUUGUAUAUUGUAAUACUGUUCGUGACAAAAGGGUACAAUUUUUUGUGCCUUUUUUAGCGGUAGAUAAAAAAAUUCAGCGUCGAACGAGGAGCGGUAAUUUAGAUAUAAACCUAACCCGCCAAACAUCGCCAUUCGGUCGCGGUGACACAAUUAUAUAUUGAUUGGUGAUUUUUCUUAUGGUGAAAUUUUAAUGUUAUGUAAUUAAACGUCUGCCAGCUGGAUUGGUAUCGGGGAUCAAUGGAUUAAAAGGUUAACAACCUAACUCUUAAAACGACUUUCAGUUCUACUUUCAACAAAAAUUUGAGAAAUAUUCAGUGUCGAAUUUUCCACCAUUUCAGAAAACUCGCGUGGGAGGUGAUUCCUCAAUUUGAAUUGUAGAUUAGAAAAUUCAUCCCUAAAUGCGGUAAUUUGUCUUCGGAUCUUAGCUUAAAAUAGAUUGAUGCGUUUUGAAAAAGUUAUUACUCUCCCCCUAGGGACGCUCAAUGGGAAAAUUUGUAGACUUUCGAUACUCGAAAGCACGUUUGUUUAUUCUUUCAUUGUUCUAGUGAACGAUUGUUUUAAUGUUUGUGUUUUUUGGUUUAUGAAGGCUAGCAGCAAUUUUACAAAAAAUGACUGUUCACAAACAAGCAGAUGUUAUUAGUUUGAAUUAUCGUAGCUGACCGCGUUUCCUUCGUUUGAUAGCCAAUUUUCUGCUCCAAAAAUAGUCUAUUUAAGCAAUAGACCGUAUUUUCUAUGGGUUUACCGGCGUGAUAACCCACGCGGGAUGUUGGGAGAACACGAGAAAAGCUUGUAAAUCACGAGCCGAAGGCAAGUGAUUUACAAGUUUUGCGAGUGUUCCCCCAACAUCCCAAGUAGUUAAUUACGCCGGGAAACCCAUAGAAAGUGUGGUCUAUUGCUUUCAUAAAAUAACUUAAAGUUUUCUAUGAGUUUACCGGCACAAUAAAUCAUAGGUUUUUAACCAAUCAGAACGCUCGCACUAUCUGAGUUAUUUUAUAAAUGUAUAUAUUAAGCAUUACUUAACCAUUCAUUGAAACAUUGACAAUAAUAAACAAUUAUUGGAUAAGGUUUUUGUGAUAUCCAGAAUAAUCAAGGUCAAGGUAAGUGUUACACAAUAUUACAGAAACCGAAUCUAACACUUGUUUUGUUAUACAUUGUUUUGAAGAAAAUAAGGAUAAACACACCCGCAUCGCACGGAACACAGUUUAACAUUGCUCUUGAAAAUCAUGCAUUGCGCGCGCAGCCUACAGCUUUGUCACUAAUCUGCUAGCAGAUGACUAAUUAAUCUGUAGGUUGCGCUGAUUUCCAAAAUUAACUGUAGGCUCCUACCCUUUGAGUAGACAGAUAGCGAGAACAAUGUAUUUGUAUAGGUAAUAGCAUGAUUAGUAGUGAUAUUUGGCAUAAAUACCACGAGUGAUAUAUCAAAACUGUUAUACGUAAUUUCACGAGCCGUUAGGCGAGUGAAAUUUGAGACAAUUUUGAAAUAUCACGAGUGGCAUUUAUGCCAAAUAUCACGUACAAAUCAUGCUAUUAUUUGUUUAUACUACUACCCGCAAAAGGUUUGAAAUUUUCACACGUAGGUAUUUCAAAUUAAGCUGAAAUACCACUGCUCUAAGCCAAUCAAAUUACAGAAAUUUCUCAUGUAGUAGUAUAAUAAUUGUAAUUAUUAUUAUUAUGGAUGACGUCUGGUAAGGGAUGUCAUUUAGUUUGGGUUAUGUGACUUUGUUGGUCUCAAUUUGUAUAACUCUUUUACUCCUCACAGACCCACCGAGUCAACUAGCCGAUCCUCAAAAGAACCCAUGCGUACGGAAAGCGUUAUAAAAACAGUAACAGACAAGCAGGAUCCUGUAAGGAAGCCCAGCGAUCCGGAUAAGAGAAAUGUAAACGACACUCAAGGCUCUAAUAUGCACAUCAGGUAUCCUGAUAAUGAUACCGGAAGUGAACUUGGAAACUCGGUCGAUGGAAAGAAAGUGUUACCUCUGCGUGACUCGUCGUUACGUGAACAUUCAUUGCGGGAUGCUCAGCACGACAAACAACCUAAGGUAAAUGACUUCGACUGGACUCGCGAAAAGUCAUCGAAAUCGAAAUCAAUUGAACAUUUAGGAGCUGAAUCUUCUGGCAUUAAAAGACCCACUAACGGGUUGUCUUCUUGGACAUCUGAGAAUGGCUCGUUCUCUUCACACGAUAAAAGCAUUAUUUCAUCAGAGGCUCGUUCCUCCCCGUACCCCGCAAACGAACCACCAACGCUUGUUCCUUAUCACAGCUCUCUUCCGCCAAGAUCCUCAUCCAGCUCAACACAUUCAAAUGUGCCAUCGACCAUGCCAAAGCUCACACCUAUCGCUCCGCGCAUUAGUAACGCCUCUCAUUUGACCUCAUCGUACUCCGCUGACGUUGAACAUAGACACUCUCCUUCAUUCGCUGCGAAGAGACAAAAUUACGUUUAUUCCACGAACCCCAUUUCCUCUACGCCGUCUGUAAUGGGUCACAUCGGUGUCUUACCUUGGACUACAAACGGCCCCGGUAAACCGCCUCAGGGAGACAAGACGGAAGACAAUUGGAGAACUAAACAAUACCAUCGAGAGGAUCGUGAUUUUAAUAAAACGGGUGGUUACGAAUCGGCUUCCAAAGUGCAUGUCGCCAGAAACUUUAACCCACAACCAUGGGAGCGAAUGACUCAUUACAGUCCUCUUGCUUCGCACCUGCGUGCAGUGGGUGCUGACAAAGGAUUCGGCAAGAAAGACACUGAAGAUGCGGAAUUCAGAGACCUGUCUCGCGAUACUUCACGCGAAGGUAUAAACUCAUCUGAACAGUCUCAAGUUAAAACUGUAGCAGCAAACAAGUUCGGGACUGUGCCGGUGAAUUUAAGGAAGGAAUCGGAUCUCGCAGGCACUAAAAUUACUCCAAGCGUUAGGCAAGAGGAUUAUCAGAGAAAUCAGCCUCUCGUGGGUAGAAAUGAGAAAUCUGUUGUUGGUGAAUACGUUAGUUACAACAGCAAGAACGAAGAUGCUAAGGGUAAUCUGGGGAACGUUAUUGUCCAUGGGAAAGAUGGCUCCUUCCGAUUGUCGGUGGAGAGGCGAGAAGGAGGCCAAAAAUAUCCAAAACCGGAGAUGUCAAAACCUUCAAAGACAGAACACAACAGAGCUUUCAGUAAUGGUUAUAGUAAUUACGAUGGAAGGGGUCAAGGCUUGCCACAUUCGGAGCUUAAAUCUGCGCGCAAUGAUAAAGGAAAAGAAGAUCGUGCGAGAAUUGUCGAACCCCUGCGUUCUAGAGAACAAGCCUUGUACCAAGAGAACUCCGAGCGAAAAUCUGAUUCUCGAGAACUAUCGUCUGUGAGCGACGGCAGGAAGAACAAUGACCGCAACAAUAACAGCACGCCUUUGGGCGCUUUUCCGUUUUAUAAGCACGUCCCCAGUGGGUUUCCUUUAGGUGGUAGUGGAGAACAAAAGAGAUUUGUUGAUCGAGCUGUGGUUAAUGACAGUGAAGUUUCUGUUCCGCCAAACGUAACACUUGACAAAUACGAGAGGCGGGAACAAGAGAUGGAGAAAAACGGAUUGAAAAGGACUGAAGUAAACUCUUUUCCCAGAAACGUAGAGGGUAGUCAUUCGUUUAUUACAAAAGAGGAGGACUCGAAAAGGAACGAAGAACGGCGAAGUUUGCCGAGACGAGACGAAGCAAAACCGAAAGCGCUCACUGGAAAGUUUGAAAAUGGCAAGCGGAGUGUUGACGCUGAAGAAAUAAGUUCGGAUGAGAAUGACGAUGGACACAGACGAGUAACGAGGGAGACAGUCUCCCCAGAUAAACGAGCACAACUUCGAGUCGCUCAAUCGUCUGACAGAAGAACUGCGUCUCCUGCGGCCGGCGCUGUACGGCAGCGCCGUCUUUCGUCUCCAUUAUCUGAGCAAAGAAGUAGCACCGCUGACAAAAGACACAUGACAGCAUCAAACAACGUCGGAACGCCAUUCGGAGCCAGUCUUCAAAGUAGAAGAAUUCCUAGCGACGGCAGUGAGGGUCAUUCGCGAGAUUCUAGUGCAGAAUCAAGGAUGGAAGAGCUAGGAAAUUCUGGUCCUGCUCAGUUUCUUAGAAUGGACGGCGGAGCGUUUCCUUCGCCCUACUUUGGACAGCUAUUACCAACUCCGCAAGGUCUCUCCGAAGCGCCCCUCUUGCUUCUCGAUCCAGCGUCGUUUUACGGUGCUAUGUACCGUCCACAUAUGAUGGAGACACCCUCGCAAGGGAUUUUCCCACCGGGUGGCUUUGCCACUGAUCCCAUGACAGGCCAAAUUAUGAUGCUCCCGCAGCUUCCUGAAGCUUACAUCCAGAUGGGUGAGUCAUUAUCAAUCGUCUUCGAUAAACAUCUCAUGCAACCUAGAAAGGAUGUCCCAGAAUGCUAGAAAACUGGGGCCGUUUCUGGAAAGUCCAGCGGACACCCUCUAUUAAUCGGACAGUAGCCGAAGUCCCCAAAUUUAUUUCCCUUAUUUACUUAAAAUGAAACCUUUACUAAGCGGACACCUCUAUUAAGCGGAAGCAGACAGCUAAAAAAACUAAAAUGGUCAUUUCUAUUGUUGCCAACCUGUAUUAAACGGACACUUGUAAUUAAAUUCCACCACCCAACAUACCACACACCGGAAAUACGAAAGAUUGCUUCGAAUUGCCACCCACAAAUGCAGUAUUGUACAGUAUUGUUUUGUAUUUCGUUUUGUUUGUAUAGAGCUUGUUUCACUCAUCUGAUUUCUUCAAAUUUGAGUUGCAAUCUGUUUAUGGUACUAUGAUCAAUUGGUUCACUUUGAUAAAGAAAUUAAGGCAAACGUAUAUCGUCAUAGUCUCGCGGAAACCCUGUAUUAAGCGGACACUUGAGCAUUCCCCGAGGGCGUCCUCUUAACACAGGUUUCACUGUAUCUGGAAAACUGUUGAAACCUCGAUCUUGAAUGUAAACUAUAGCAGCUUUGCCGACCCGAGAAUUAUGGAGUACUUUCGGAAAUAGGUCCCUGGAUAGAGUAAAAAACGGUGCAGGGGCGUACGAGACUUUAGGUGGAGACGAUGACGGAUAAACGAACUUAAUGAUCGCGCAAGUUUUGCUAUGAGCUAUCCCCCAUUUAUCUUUUUACUCUAUAGUGAGUACGACUUGAAGUUUAAAAUGUGGAAAGUAUCAUGCAAGCAAACUGUGGGGAGUGUGUGAAUCCUUUCAGAUAUUUUACCCCUUCAGAUACUGGGAGUACAUACUGCGAGCAAGCUUUUAAUUUAGAAAUCUCGAGAGACAGAGGUUACGCGCGGCGCGGGACCUCUCGCCUCGCGCAUUUCUCAAAUUCAUAGCUUAUCGCAUGUAUGUAAGUACCACGACUAUUCGAGGUUUUGUCAUUGUUUCAGAGUGUUUGUUUUUGUUUAUGUUUCAAGUUGCGGCCGAGAACGCGUUUAUGAACCCAAUGAUGGAUCCAAGGUUUGCUGCCAUGUGGGGAAUGCCCGGAACGUUGGACGAUCCCCAAUGGCAACAGUUCUACCAAAGGAUGCAACAAGAGCAGCACAAACAACUUCUUGAACAAAGCAAGCAAGAGUUCUUGAUGGGUAAACAAGGUGCCCCGUUUCCUUUGGCUUCUUAUCCCUUUUUCUUUGGUGACAAACGUCUUGAGCAAAAGCGGAAGGUAACAGUGAACGUUUAUUUUCUUUAUUAUAUCGCCUACAUAUGUUGGUUUGGUUUAUCAGAAGUGGGUAGUGCUGUAUGCACGCUGUCUGGCUAGCUCGGAGAUGAAAGAUUUUCUCGUCAAUUCUCGUGCGCAAGAUGGGGUUUGAACGGGGUAUGCCUAUUGGCGUUGUUUUUUUAUCGUUUUUUUUUUUUCGAAAACACCGGGAGACUGAGUUCUGCGUAAUCCUUUCAAUGUAAUGAGAUCUGCCAUUGAUGGCCAAAUAAAAGAAUGAACUAAAGCCAUAGCUAAGCCUAACUAACAGUUUCCUGAAUAGGCUGCAGGUUCAUAUUAAUAUUGGGUCCCUGUCCCAAGGUCCUGGAUCCCAGGCCAGAGAUCGAAAUAAAAAGCUCGGGUAGUUUUAAUACUGUGAAAACAUUUACAAAAAUUUACAUUUUUUUGAAGAUAAUUUAAGCAAAAUGCACCAAGAUCAUUUGAUUCAAAUUAUUUUAUUCUGUUCUGUAUCAAGGAGGAGAUGCAAGACGUUACGUCCACAGAGCAGCAACCGAAAUCACGAGAAAUUCAACAAGAAUCCUCGGGAAGUCAACCCAAGGAAACUGGCACGAGACCGAAGGUGGAACCACUCGCGCCACAAGAGAGGACACAGCACGUGACAACUGCUCCGCGUGACAGCGAGAUUAUUGAAAAGAAGGAGACAACCAAUCAGCGUGAGGAAAAGCCGGUGAUUGACAGCCGCAAAAUGAAAGAAGUCCAUCAAAACCUCACUGAAAAACAAAAAGCUGUUCAAGCUAAACUUGUUUCUCAGGUAAUAAUACCUUAAACCCUUCAACUUAAAGAUCUGAUUAGUAAUUCUCCUUUCUCGCUGCUUUACAUUUUAUUAUACGUUAGUUAGGAGAAUUUGGGGUUAUAUCAAUGUGGAAUCAUCUGGUUGAUAAAUUCACCUGUUCUCAUCACCUAUCUGUUAGAAAUGUAUUGGAUGUACUAAGGAGAAGUUACACCUCAAUCACUUCUGGGAGUUAAAGGGGUUAAAAGAUCCUGUAAAAAUCAAAACUCAUGAAUUUUGAACCGUCGGACACGAUCGUUGAUUUGCUACGCUCCCUCGAUUUUCUCAAGUCAAAGGCAACUGUUUGGUUGGUUUGAUUUUUCUUUUUUCAAUUGCUUCUUUUUAGAAACGUUGGCAAACGGUUGCUCAAAAUCAUUUCGAAACUAUACUGCCAUCUCUCAUUUAUUAAUUAAUUUACUGAUUUAUAUUCAGGAACAGAUGGCCAAACAGAUUGAAGAGUUCUUGUCCCUAGAUCGCCUUUCGCAGUUUCAAUUCCCAGGACCACAGGGUACCUUUCUCAGGGAACGCUCCUCAGUAAACCAAACAACGCCAGUAACAACCGCUUCCGCUGGAACACUUGAAGCAGAUCGUAACAGCGUCUCUCCAAAGACAGUUUCCGCUGCCGUGACUCUGUCGAGCUUGGAAAAAUCGCGCACCCAAGAGAUAAAUUCUGCGGGAAGAUCGUCACCUCAUCAAAGUAACGAGACACGCAUUACAAGUGCUCAGAACAGCGUUGUCGACCGUGCAAAAUCUCCAAGAUUACGGCCUGGGACAGAGUCGACGAUUUCUAAUGAAAUAGGUACGAGUAAAUUUUACUGUAAAAUCAUCACCAAAGAGACGAACACUCAUAAGCAUUGCACGUAAGGUGUGCAAGGAUGUCUACAACCCUUUAUAGUGAAUUAUCGUUUCCUCUCCUCUGGCAUAAACACUGUGACCUGGUGUAAAUAAAGAAAGUUUCACUUCCGCACAAUUUCUUUUAAAGUUAAUUUAAGUUCAUUCUGGGCUCCAUUUGGUCAGCGUCACAGAUCGGAGGCUCUGGUUGGUUCCGGGAUAACGCGUAAGCGCUAAAGCUGUUCAUUUUAGUUGGUAACCGUUAUUGUUUCAAAUUUUUUGAGGCUGCGCUAAAAACCGGAAACUAAGGAAUCGCGGUUCCUGUUUCACAACCAGCUAGAGCUCUCAUUCCAAGGCUCUAGCCAAAAGGAUAUCUACUCUGGGGCCGAGAAUAAGUUAAAUUAAGUAGCAAAGCCUUUUUUAUUAUUAUUGAUGUAUCACUGAACCAGUCAUUUAGUUGCUAAAGAGCGUAGGGAAUGCUAGCCGGCGAUAAUGCUCUCCGUCUGUUCUCAGAAAACAAAAUAAACAGAGAAAAAACACCUGAUCGCAAGUAAAUAGAAGGCGAGAAUGUGCCAAAGGAGAAUGUUCGGUGUUACCUUAUCUUCCGUCAUGUUUCGACGCCAGAAGGCAUGUGCUCACGCCACUGGCCACUGUAAGGCCCGAAGCUAGCUUUGUUAAGUAAUUAUCAACGUUGAAAUGUUAAUAUUGGGGCAAAUGUAGUGACAAACUAUUUUUGACUCUGCAGUAGAAAAGCCACGACGGCUAGAAGCACAACCCAAUCUUGUGGGCGAAAGACUUGUUUCGCGGGAAUCUCGAGAAAUUGCUCCAGAGCAGGUCCCGUCACAGUUCCCUCACAAACUGAUGGCGUUUGGAAGUAUUGCGUCUGAACAUCUCUUAAAAGAGAAAGCCAAACAGGAAUCAGAAAGAGAGAGAUAUGAAGGACCGUUUUGGGCUCUCAACAGAGGUCUUGCUCUAAACUUUGACGAAAUGUUGCGCGGUGGCACAGAGAAAUCCCUGGCGGGAGAUUUUGAAAGACACUUACUUGGAAAGGAGAACUCAAAAAGAACUGAAUCCUACGGUGACCUUCUUACUUCUUUGGUCAAGUCAGAAAUUGAACGCUCUGAGAAAGGUCGACAACCUGUAGAAAUUGGAUUAAGGGAGAGUGUAGAAUCUCAAGUAGACCCUAGGGGAAAUCUUCAAACUCUGGCCUCGUCUGAAAAACUAUCACCAGUAGAACAUCUUGAUGGUAAUCCCGAUUAUGAAGACGAUUUUAGAACAAAGUGCGAGAUUAGGAGAAUUGCAUCUUCUUUUGUGCCUCUCAAGCCUGACGUUGAAAACAAGGAAAAUUCCACGAUAUUUUCACUAAGGCCUUUUAAAUCCGACGCUGAGCGAAAGCAAAUUCGGGAUAACAUCGAUCGUCUUCGUUUGAUGGCGAAGCGACGUAACAGCAAAGACCGCUUUAUGGUGUUCAGUCGCCGAAGAGAUGUUCGGAGUCCAACGACAAUUCUGAAUAGUGUAACGAGUGCUAUUAACGAUGUGGCGGGUUUGGAAGCGGUUGAGAAAGAAAUGCGGAUGAAACUAGCCGAGUUACAGAAAAGAUAUAGAGAGAAAGUCAGGGAGCUCGCCCGGCUACAGCCCAAAUAUAGGUAAUAUUAUUAAUUAUUAAAAACUGAAUCAUUGGAUAAUGCAACUCUAGAGCUCUGAUUGGCUUAGCCAUCAUACUACACAAGGGCAUUAUACCAUGCUCUCCAAAAAAAGGUAACUGUACGCGUCUGCUCAAAACUAAAAACAAGGUUGAAAAUCGUUUGUUUUUCUAAGUGAAGUCGGAAAGAGUUCUCGAUAUUUUGUGAGCGUUUUUGAUAAAACAAUUAUUUCACUCGCGCUUGUUGGAUAUGAGACGGUUAUAGCCAUUUCGGCGCUACGCGCCUGGUUGUCUCCCUACCAUCUCAUAUCCAACGCGCACUCGUGGAAUAAUUGUUAAUUGUUUAGUUGACCUAAUCAUUCUGGGAAAAUCAACACGUGUGCACCGAAAGGAAGUCGUGUACAACGGAUGUCCUUUGUUUGAUUUAAGUUAUCGUGGUAAUAGUCAACACUAAAAAGUUGAAAAAUACGUUCAAAGAAUAUCAUCGCAGAAAAAGACGCAACUUAUGCAGUUGCGAAAGGAAAGUCUGAAAAAUUCAGGCUUGCCGGAAUUUAAAUGCUAACCUCUGCGAUAGCAGUGCUCUGCUUUACCAAAUUUUGUUACCAAGCCAACUGGGAGCUGGGGCCCGUUUCUCGAAAGUCCCGAUAAUUAACGGGCCCGGUAAGCUGUCUCGGUUUCCAUUAAAGAUCGAGGUUUCAAUAGUUUUGCAUCUAACAUGAUAAAACUAUCAGAAAAAGAAACAAAAUGGAGUUGUUUGCUAGCCAGGACCCGCGCUCUUAUUCUUUUUAUUUCGAUUUGAAUAUUUGAUUUCGGGCCCGAAAAGUUAAUGGGACUUUCGAGAAACAGGCCCCAGGUCAUUAAAUUGGCCAUUUCCGAGCUCCCCCGGGCCUCUGUAUCAAAACGAGGUUAAGUGCUCAGCCUUUGAUUUGAAAAUGAUUUUUCAUUCUCAUACAAGUAAAACUCAUUUUCAAAAGAAAGGUUUUUGUAGUUGGCCUCAUUUUGAAAGUGAGGGUUUUUUAAACUCGAAAGUGGCCUAUUGGUUUCUAAUAUACCCGGAAAAGAUGAAGAUGAAAUGAGUGAAUAUAUGAAUUUCAUAUAUAUAAAUUUACUUGUAAAGGUAAAAUUACAAAUUCUGGCAUGUGCUUUCUAAGCACCGAGAAAUCCGCCAAAUAUGGUGUUUAUGGUGAUAUCCUGCGUCUGGGAAAUAAACACGGCUGCAAGUCAAAUUUUUCUAUGGAAACAGGAAGCCCAAAAGCGGAUUUCAAGUCAGUUUGGACCUGCGGGUAAUUGAAAUCAGUCCCAGGUGCUCUGGAAUCCAUCUAUUUACAUCACGUGUAUUGAUUUCUUAACCAAAAGAACUUUAAAACCCUUUCAAAGUCAAAUUUCUACAAAAUUUCCAAAUUUCAUUCUGUGAAAUGCUGAAAAACAAAUGUUACCAUGUAAAAGUACUACCAAAGAGGUUUGGUAUAAAUGCGCAGCGCGGGGUUUCGCUCACAGACUCAAAAGUUAGAAUCAACUUGCAAGACUCCAUCAUUUAGUAAAAGGGAACUUCUUUAAAUUGCCUCAUGUUUCGCUGGAUUUAUAUGACUUCGUCAAAAAGCCUUAGUUGCUGUUAUUGUAACCUUUGCAGUAUUGAUGAUGGUAACGGCAAAUCGACACCGAUCAAGAGAGGUCCCGGGAGGCCACGGAAGCGAAAGUACUUUGGUGCAAGUUGCAAGGGCGACAAGCAUUCCCCAGUACCUACAGCAGACGAAAACAAAGAAGGCGACGAAACUCCACCAGCAAGUAGAACUCAGACUCCCGAGCCAAAUGCUGCCGCAAGCGAAUCAGAGAGCCUGGUUUCCAAAGACAGCGAACCACCCAAGAAAAAGAAAAAGAAGACGAAGCAGAGUAGUCACCCUGUGGAGCAGGAGGGACGCGCGACAGCGAUACCGAUUCUAAGGAUGAGUCCUGUGGAACUUACAGUAAGUAUGAUAUUCAUCUGGAUAAAUGAUCAGACAUUUACGCAUAUGAAUAAGCCAUUGUGGCGUACUAUUCAAGCACGAAUGCACCAUAAAAGCGGCAUAAUGAUAGAGAAAACGGGCGUUUUUGGCGCAGCAGUGUAAAUAAAAUUGUCAUUUCGCGCUCUGAAACGUCUAAGAGUUACGUAAGGAGGAAUUAAAAAGUGUGAAGGCUAUUGUUAGAACCUGCCUACUCCACGAUGAAGAAAUAAAGAGUACUGCGCGUUCAUGGUAACCAAUGAAAUAUACUCCUGUUGAGCAUUUUACAAUAACAAUAAGCGAUAUGACAGACCUAGAAGCUUUCACCGACUGUAAUAUAAUUGGAUGUUACGAGAACAAUACCCAUUUCUCCCGAUGACUUGACUAGAUAUUCACCAUACAGCAAUAGUAUGCUUUUACCUAAUGAUAGGACUUACGUACGUACAUUUAUGUUCACAGAAAUAUUCACAUUACAAAAAAGUACGCAUGCAUUAAACUAUGAUUCAAAAACAGUGGGGACAGGCUCGAAUAGCCGCCAUAAAAUAUGCAAAGGUGUCAUAUAAAGAAGAAAGCAAAUUGUUACUCUAGUGGGAAUUCUAUUUCCUCUUCUGUUUCAGAUAAUUUAAUUUAUAAAAUGUUAGUUUCAAUUUUUAUAAUUAUGUUCUCUUCUGUACAAAAUUUCAAAGCAAACCUGAGAUUUUCCUCUCAAGUCGAUUCAAUGUCACUCAGUUACCGAGUUUGUGACCUCUUCUUUAGGAUAUACAAGUUCACAGUACGAAGAAAAAGAAAUCUCGCAAGCCAUCUGGUGUAGAAGAAGAGGUAAGUGAUUUUUUACUGGUACUAAGCAAACUGUCUUUCCGUGUCGCUUGCCUAGAAGCUCCUCGUAUCUCUAGGUAUGUUUCAACAAUAAAGUUACUAUUUUAGGCGUAUUUAAAUCCAUUUUCCAGGGCAGGGUUCCUGGGUUAAACCCAGGCCCCAGUUGUUGAAAAGGUGCAUAACGCUAUCUACUGGAUAAAUCUAUAUCGAUUAGAUAGUGCAAUUGGUUUCCCUUAUACUCAUUCACUGGAUAGUCAUUUAUCCGGUGGAAAGCGCUAUCCGACAUUUGAACAACCGGGGCCAGGAGGCUCCAAUUCUUUUUUUUUUUUAAUGUUUCUUUUUGUGGAGGGGCGGAGUCAGGAGUGGAGCAAACAAAGUGUAUCGUAGGCAAUUAAAAAACAGAUAAUGCCUUUCCUCGGAGGUGGCAGUUUCCAGGCACGUUCGCGUAUUUCUCAAAUCCGAGUUGUUUUUUUGUUUUUCGCGUUUGUGCAUUUCGCCCUCUCUUCUAACCCUCAGAAAGGUCCACACGUUGUCUGUAAAUCAGUCUCUCAUGAGAGAGUAGCAUUUAACACGGAGACGCCAGGCUUAAAAUUCUUCACAGUGAAACAUUCUUAAGCUCCGUGAAGCUACUUUCCUUUUUUUCGUUCACUUGUACAGUAAAAACACACUAGUAAGAACCUGGUUUUGAAAAACCUGUUAAGCUAAAAUUUUCCAGUUAAGCCCCCUCUAUACAAGAACCUGUUUUUUGAAACACGCUCGCAGUUUCUAAAAUCUAUAUCGGUACUCUUGAGCAAGUAAGAUGGGUCAACAUUCAGGAUUCUCUUUGGAGACAUAGGUGCCUGAUUACUCCCACUGCAAUUAUAUGAUGGUAUGCAGGGUUUAUAUAAGGAAUAAGCCGAACACCGAUAAAUACUCUUAGCUACAAUGUUGCUUUUUUAAGAAAAUAGGAACCUAUUUAAGAACCUAAAUAGCCUGAUUUUUUUUCUCAUUAUUAUCUAUGUAAGAACUUCGGUUAGGCUAACUUAGCUAGGAACAUGCGGGUUCUUACUCGCGGGUUUUUACUGUAUUUCAGCCCAUCAUAACGAUUCCCAAAACGAAGCCGCACCCUGACGGAAAGAAGAAGAAGACCGCCGGCGGUAGUAAACGAAGAAAAGGAUCGCCGACCGAAGGAACACUCGAUCAACAGGUCAUUGUACGACAACUGCCUGGUGAGUAAAAAAUACUUGGCUGUUUGGUGUGCCUGUUUGGCGCACUAGCCACAGUCAGCCCACUCAAUCGACGCUUCACCUUAUUUCUGUAAAGUGGAUCGACUAGGGUUACUUUCAUUGCUGCUCGGCUUCUCGUCAUAUGUGGGUUGAGUGUGUUGUUGCUUUUCUUUUUUGCUUCCCAGGAAUUUUCUCCAAGUAAUCGGGUUUUCUCCUCUUUUCUAAACCAACGUGUUUAAAUCCAUGUCAUUUUUUGAAACUGUCCAAUGUCAGCCUUUCUAACUACAAAUUUGGUUUGUCAGUUUGUUCAGUGACAUGAUGCUAGCCGGUUUCACUGAUUUGCUUGACUGUUGCGCGUCUUACCACUCAAGUUCAAACCUUUCUUGCAACAAAUCAGGUUAUUGCAAUUUGCGUGAAUCCUGACAACUGAUCGGGCAAAAUUACGCGGGAGUCACGCCAUACACGGGACUUACUCAGUUGCUGCUAGACAAGUUUGCCGUGGCCGGUAAAACGUGCAACAUGCACAGAUUUUGUUACAAAAAGUAGAACUUCUGUGUACUUUCUUCAACAACUUUGCGCAACCUGCUAGAACCUAAUCAUUGCAAGACAGGUUUUAUUCAUGGAUGGUAAAACGAACAACACCGUUUUUCAACGCACUUUGCAACAAUGUUGCAAAACAAGUUACCCGUUUUUGUUGCCCGUUUUUACGUGCCUUUAAACGCCACACAGACCCUCUACCGUUUCUAAAAAACGCGAUAGGAUAUUGAACCACAGGCAGUUCAACAUGCUUUCCAUUACACACUGUCUAUCACGUAGGACAAAAAGAAAAAUUUGACUUUGUGGAAGACAUUUGGGACGUUUCUUUGCUUUUUGCAGUUGUUCCUGAAAUAAGCGCUGUAGAAAUGGAAACUGAUGUUACAGAAGCAGAAGUUUCAUGCAAAAACACCAAGACCAAGAAACUAAAACCAAAGAAACGAGCUCGUCCCAAGCUAACUAUCGACAAUCUGGACGGUUACGAAGGCAAGCUGGACGACGAGUCACCACUAGACAGUACAGCGGUAUCCUGUGAAACACCCCAGGCGUCUACUUCGACCAAAAGCAAAAAAGCCAAGGGUACGAAAAAGAAGCGCAAAUCUACUACAAAUACUCCUCCAAAGGGUACAUUUGAAUUUCCGGAUAUGACGUCACAGGACGAGAGUUUCUCCGAAAACAGCAGCAGUGUGUCUCCUAACGAGAUUGCAAAAGAGGUUGUUGCUAUGGCAGCCAAACAAAUGGAAGCCCAAAAGAAGAGCAUGCAGAUGCAGUGUGAUAAUGACGACGAUGUGUUUACAUCCGGGCAUGAUAGUCGCGACGGUUUAAGUUUACUGGCACAGGCGUCUUUCGAAAGUGCUGACAAGUCGAGCAGGCGCAAGAAAUCGCUAGACAAUUCCGCGCUUUCAGAAGACCUUUUGCAGAAGAAAAGGGGAAGACCCAAGAAAGAAACGGAGUCCCCAUCUUCUGAGCCAGGUAAGUUAGUUGACAUCGUGACCUAAUAAUAUUUUCUCACUUCGAGCUGCGAUCCUUGUGGCUAGCGCCACGAAUUACAAGUCGGCAUUAAUGCUGCUGAAUCGUGAAUUCUAUGAUCUGUUUCUCAUGCUGACCUUAAUUACUCUAGUUUGGUUUGCUUAACCAAUUUCACUUACUUGAAAUAAUCGCUCUUGUCGCUUGUUUUGAAACUGCUGGCAAAUCGAAGGCCCUUAUUCGAAUUGGCGUUUUUUUAAUGGUGGACACGUAUUCAAAUAUGUCAUGUUGCGGUAACAUUAAGAGCAAAAACAUCAAGAGGGGACGGGAUGGGCAUCAACAGGCCUCUUAGGUCCCAUGCAAGGUGUAGUUAUCAGCUACUUAAUACACAUCUUUUUUCGAAGAGGAGAUAUUUUCCUCCGAUAAAGACUGUUGAUUCGGCACCAUUCUGCUCCAGCGGUACAAUUUAAUUAAGUUGAGCCAGAUAAAUAAUGGUGCUAAUUUAAUUUGAACACUUUCCUCCUAGACCCCGUCGUCGUUCCAAGGAAGAAGAAAAAGAAGAAGGUCCUAGAUGAGGUAUGAAAUUACUACUUAGAACUUUUCUUCUGGAAAGAAACAUAUCGAAAGUAUUGCGUUUUGGUUAUACCGUUGGAGUCUAUGGUUAGGACUUUGCGUAUUCCCUAGGCCUCAAUAUUCCGCUCGGCCAAAGCGUUUCAGAUCACGUGGUCCAAGCGAAAAUGUUUCCCGCCCGUACCCCUCGAAUACGUCACCGAAGUGAAUUGACCGAGAGGGACUGUGAAGACGCCGUGCAGGGACGAGUCAAGUUAGGACUCUGAGAGUAGAACUGCUCUACUGUGUCUGUUUGUUCAAUACAGUUAGGCUUUCCUCUUUCAUAGUCGAAUGAAGCCCUGAUCGUGUGGUCUUUUGCAAGUUUUGCCAAGUCUAUCUCUAUAACCUCAGCGGCGUCGUUGCGCCAGCGUCUCGGCAGUGGCUCUCAGCAAUACUCUUUCCAUCUCGAGGCUUCCAUCGAAUAAGUUUAAUUAGUGUUCAUCCACAGUUGAAAAUCGAGCUACAUGACAAGACGAUUUGCUUAAAAUAUAGUCAGUCUAGCUUUUGGAGUAAACCCCUUUACUUCUAGACCGACCAGCUCUUAAACUGAACCUGAACCUAAGGUGUUACCAUUCAUCUCAAACCUGUUUGGCAGAACCUUUUGCCAAAAGAAAUUUGCAAUUUCUAUGAACGUUUUUUAAAGUUAGUUGCUUUUAGGACGGAAACGUCAGGAAAUUUAGUAGAAAUGUUCAAUUAUAUUGAUAAGUAGUACUUGUUCUAUUGAACAAAAACGAAUAAAGUUUGGGAUUAAGGGUUUUAUUAACUUAAGUGGGUUAAUCUUUUAUUAGGACACAACAGACGUGCCAAAAAAGAAGAAAAAGAAAAAGAAGAAGAAGGUUACAACACAGAAAGAAGAAAUUACAGAGGAGAAACCUGCGGAAGUGCCUCAAGAAGAACGGCCUCAACUUCCCUCUUAUCAACAUCAAGACAAGGAUGAGACGAAACAGCUAGAAACAGCAGUGUUAAAUGAAGACAGUGAACCAGAAGAAGAUGUGUUUCGACCAGCCGAUGAAAUUAUUAAGGACUCUGAGGAAGGCCAUCCAAGUGCUAGCCUUUCGCGGGAAAAUGACGACUUCAAAGGAAGCAUGUCAUCGUUGCUAAGUGACGAGUGGCAACCCAGGAGGAGCGAACGGAUUUUCAUCAACAGUAGCGUGACCACCAACUCUAGUUCCAGUCCCUUGUCACCCACGACGAAGGGAAGCGAAUUCUCUUACGCAAAGAAGACCAAGAAAGGGCCUUCGGUCAAAGCUGUGAGUAUCAGCUGAAAGAUAUUUGCAUUUUGGAAAAGUUGUGUCGAGGCUGUCAAAUGAGGGAUAUUUAACAAUUUGACGCCAGUUUUUUCUCGUCUGUCCUCCUUUUGAUACCGGUAAAAAUGAAGAACAAACAACAGAAAACACAAGGCAAAUUGGGAAACUUAUGACUUGGUGAUUGAAUACUGACGACAAGUAACGGAGUUUCAUUGGUUAAAAAUUUGACAGAUUCAUGUACACUAACACUUUGCAUAAAUUAGGAAUUCGCUUGUUUUCCAAAUUUCAGAAAAAGAGUGAGAUUAAUGUUUAUUGUCCCAAAAAAUGGGGGCAUUUGGGCACAGCACAAGGUCGUAAUCUAGCCCAAGGAUAAAAAAAUUUUGUUUCUUGUUGAACAGAAAAUGGCCCGGUCAGACUCCCAGAUUGAGGACGAAAUGGCGGAAAGUGACGUUGUCUUGCCACAAAAAGUGAAGACCAAGGCCAAAAAGAAGAGAGGGACUGGUAAAAGCAAAAAAAGGAUUUCGUCCGAUGAAGACUACGAACCAGUCAAAGUCUCCAGAAGAGUGCGCUCUAAAUCCAGGCAGCUGGUAUAGUGCUCUUUUUCGUAGCUUUACCUAAUCCCUUCUUAGGAUAGAUAGCGAUAACAACCUUUUUGCUUCGUUUACAGGUCGACUUUGACGAUGCAGACGAAGAAGAAGCAGACGAUAUUCAAGAGGAUGAAGAGCCUGGCGAGGAAGGAGAAACUGACGUGGAAAUAAACGUAACCGACAAAAUGGAUACAACUGUGACAGGGGAAGAAGAGCAAGGAAGACAGCAAGCUGAGGAUGUCGAGGGCGGAAGAGACAUUAAGCCGGAAGUGGAGGAGCAGAAAAAGGAAGCGGAAGUUAAGGAUGAGGAAGAAGAUUCAAAGAUGGACGUGGAUGAAACGGUAGAAGACAGAAGUGACUCAAAGGAGAUAAUAACGGCUGAUGAAGUGGAAGAGUCUACCGUGAAGGAAAGCAAAGAGGUUGGUCUUUUUUUCUGUGUCAUCGAUCUAAUGUCAACUGAAAAUUUGCAAAUACACAUAACUCUCUAGGGAAGUACCCCUUCAUGACUUCUAAGAGCCUUCCUUUUUAAUUUUUUUAGGAAACUAGUCAGGAAGAGGAAAAGACAGAUGAGGCUUCUUAUGAGCAACCUUUAUCACCAGGUUUGUUGUUGUUUUCUUUGUGUUUCGCGCGAAACGAGAAUGAGUACCUUUCGCGCCUUGAUUGUUCAUUCGUAUAUUCCGCCAAUAAGUAGGCCCGAUUACCAGCCGCUGUUCGGGAAAAUGAGUCCGCACUCAUCCCCCGAAAGUGGGGAAGGAUCAAAGACCGGACCCGGGAGACGGCGGAAAUCGAGCCUAGCCAAUAAGCACUGUCGAUAAAAGAGGAGGAGUGUUUCAAGCACGAGGCGUAGAGCUUAUAUAGGCUGUUGUAUCAGACGUCAAACAAAUGGACUUGGUAAUGUCCAGCCAAGCACUUAUUUCUACCCGGCUCUACCCCCAAAAUAAGUAUCCCCAUUUCUAGUGUGACGGUUGACUAUGUAUUGUUUUGUUUCAGAAGACGUUCGUUUCACGUUUUUGACCGAGGAAUUACGGGAAGGUGUCAAGCUUCUCCUUCCUGUGGAUUCUGUCUUCUUCCCGGGACGCAUCAGUACUUUCAAUGAACCUGACUUGUAAGUGGAUCUACAUAAAGUUUUCCAAAGAGUUGCCUUGAAGUUGAUUUGCACUGACGCGUUUUUGGCUACGCACGUUAACGCACGUAAAUUUUAAUCACGUAAAUAAAAUGGAGGCAGGAUAUAAAGUGUUGAGAUUAAACGUGAAGUUGAGCGAGGUUCUACUUUUCCGCUUACGUGCGGCCUCUCAUACAUUGCCUCUGUUUUAUUUGCGAAAUUCUUUUAUUGACCCAACCUCUUCGGUUAAGAUGGUUGAAUAUCAGCCUUGCUGUUUGGCGUUUUUGUGGACCUCAAUUUGUGUCGCUAAAAAACUUCGGCAAUAUAAUCCUGCCAUCUUGACCGAACAAGCUCGCUCAGUAACAAAUAUUUCCUAAUUUCAGAUUCGGAGUAAUCCUGGAUGGUGAAAGGGGCCGCAGACCGCACUGGAAAUCCACAGAACAGCUGCGUACUCAGGCGGUAAGUUGUUGAACUUCCAUGGACAUCUAUAAACUUCUAUGGACUUCUAGAUAGCAGUACAAGAAGGAAGUCAAUAUUUCUGGUAUUAACGAACCAAUUUUAUUUCACCGCAAAGAACUUAAAAUUUCAACCUUUUAUCUCUGCUUCCUUGAUGCGAUUGUUCCCUUCUUCCUUCAAAAUGAAUAGAUAACAGAAAUUAAUGUGCACGAAUGUUGCUUCGUUUUAACUCGGAGGAUCUUUUCUCGCUAAAGGUGAAGGAUAUUCAGCCACCGAGUGCGAAGUUUAUUCCGAUUGGAACGCGUGUGUGCGCGCACUGGAGCCCGCAGUAUCGAUGCUUUUAUCCCGGAACUGUUACUGAAGGUAGGUUUUUAAUGCCCAGCUGCAAUUUUUUUUUUCAAAAGAAGCCGGUAUCAGCACAGUCGGUUAGUGCGCUGCAUUCUGUGCGGGAUUCGAGCUCUUUUCCCACGGCAGGUGUGACUAUCCUCUCACGCCGACUUCAUAGGGCUUUGUUACGCGUUCCUCCGUGGGAUGCCGAGAUGUGACCCUAAAUCCUUGUUUCGACUUCUUAUCUUUCUGUGUAUCUUUAAGUAGCUUUAAGUACCUGUAAAAUGGAGCAAUGAUGGAGAGAGAGGGGGGGUGGGGGGGGGGGAUGAAAUGAGCGCACCGUCGGCCUCUGGUUUGUCAGUCUAAUGUACUAUUUAGACUUGCCGACGUAAAAUAUGGACCUCGUUCAAUAAGCAGUAUCACAGGGAUUCAUAUAAGUUAUUAUUCGUCAUGGAAAAACGCCAUCAUGUACAGUAUAAAUUGAUUGUUUUUCGUUUGCUUGCCUUUAGCACCGCAAGACGAAAAGGAGGUAGAAGGCAAAAUCUGGAUCGAGUUUGAUGAUGGAGACAGUGGAUUCUUUCAGUUGAAUGAAAUCAAACGAAUACACCCAGACUUCCCUGUGGAAGGUACAGCUACCCCGCUUCAUCUCUUGAGGGUUUUUUCGAUUUUUUUUUCAGCAGUACAGAUCGUCACUCUUCUUCUGUUAUAAGUGAGCCAAUCAACUUAACUGGCAGAGUUUCUGAGUUACCUCUUUUUCAAAAUGGAUCUCGGUGCUUAUCUUUCAAAGAAAAAAAAAAUUACACUCACUUACAAAUUUACCACAUUUUCAUAUGAGAACUUGUACACCAGGUCUCGCUUUAAUAAAAAGUCUUCAGGCAACUUGAACCGUGUUCAUCGUAUGGUUUAUCGUUAGUGAUUUUUCUUGAUUUUCGUGACCUUUGUGCUUUAUUAAGGGGUGUUAUUCUAUCGAGAAGUUAGUUGUUGAUCAGCUUCGGAGCAUUAUUAGCCGUUCUUUGUGUGGUCACGCACGUGAGUCCUAGCUGCGUCACGACACACAGGACGGCUGGGCAGGGGACUAGAACUUAAGGGUUAAUUCUACCUUUUUGUACUACAGAGGCAGAAUCAACUCCCAUCCUUCCGGAGAAAAGGCCUCGAUCCAGUUCCUUUGGCAAUUCGCAGCCCACGGCGAUCAAGGAUUCAAGUUCUAGGCUUCGAGCCGAGGAGAACACGUCCGAGUUCUCAUCUGGAAACGAGAGCUCCGGAGAGAUUCAAACAAAAAGAAGGAGAUUGCGAGGGAAUAGGAAAAGCAGAGAUGAUUUGUGGCUUCUUUCAAAGCAAGUGGGUAGCGAUAGUAAGGACAGUAACGCAAAGAAGCGAGAAAUCCAUCGGAAUAAGGCGAAGGAGGCUGAAAAGCACGUUGUUGACAGCACGGGGUCUCUUGCAAAGUUGAAAGAUAAAAAUUAUGACAGUAAGGAGAGCCAAGAGAAUAAGGUUUUGGAUGCGCCACAAAAACAGAAAUCAAGCAAAAACCGCGGUAAAGUAGAAGUGGAGUCGAAAGAAGCGACGAAAAUUGCGGAGAGUAUAAAACAUAAUUUACCGUCUAAUGCGUCGGCGGAACUCAAAAAAUCCGAGAAGGAAAUUCAUUCAAGUGACUCCUCUUUUAAAACAGGAGAUUAUGAAAACAGUGGUAAACAAUCAUCUGAUAAGGUGGGCGCUGUGGUGGGAAACAGCGCUGAGUCUUCUGACCAAGGUGAGGACAGCGACGCGAACUCAGAUGUUGAAACGCCGAAACAGGAAAAAGGACCUCGUGGAAGUGCAAAAGGGACCUCAAGGACAUCUGAAAAGGACCUUAGAAGGAGGUCACUUACUUUGAGUCUUAAUAGCUCCUUUCGUUCCACGCGAACCGAAGGCGAGAGCCCUACGCGUGACGGUUUGUCUGCGUCUCAAGACGAGGACAGUGAAUCUUACAGUGACGCGUUUGACGAAAGUCCGCUGGUCGAAAAUAAGUCUUUCCAGGUGGGCUUGUAAACAUUCUACAUGGUAUUUUAAAGCGUUUUAGAGCGGACAAGACAGCGCUUGUUUGUCAUUGAAAAUUUUAUGGCAGCACUCGUAGAUAAAGAACACGCGAUCGAUCGAGCGUUGCAGAUGUAGUAUCUUGUUUCCCGUUCCAAAAAGUGCGCCUACAAAGCAAAGGAGCUGGGUGGGGGAUGUUGGGGAUGGACGGUGGUACGUAUGAAUGUCUCGAAGGAAAAGUAUCCUAAUCUUGGCUUUGCCUUUCUAUUUUCCAAGCAGAAAUCAAGGUUUUUGUGGGGGAUGCCAUCUUCCCAUAAUCAACCCGCCUUCCCCACACCCUCCUCUUGCCUUUCUUUAGGUCAGUCUUUACGCGGGGGCAAUUGACAAUUUAGAAUGAUGAGAUGACACUGGUGUGGGUGUAGUUUGCUAAUUGUAAGGGCGCAUUCCACAAGUCAACUGGUCGGCCAAAUUGUGUACAGCAGUGUGAACUCUGAAAAAAAAGGCCUAUUUCGUUUUCAAGACGAACGGUCUGGCCGACCAGUUGUGACUUUUCGGCAAGCGUCCUGACUGACUUCUUGAAGGCGUGAAGACACAUGUAUUGACCACUACAGAAAAUACCAUAACAUACCACAAUGCUCUUUGUUUGUCACCCCAAAAUUUUGCAUAAGCAUUGUCUUCAAUUUUCUCUUGGGAGUUUGGGUUGACAAACAAAGAGCAUUAUGGUAUGUUAUGGUAUUUUCUGUAGCGGUCAGUUAAGAUGUUGCCUGAUUUUCAGUGUAGUUGUUUCCACCCUUAACGCAUGCGCAUCUGUUCCUUUUUCUUGCUAAGUGACUUUUUGACAAGCCUGUACUUACGGCAACUGUUUAUUUUUUUUUUUUUAGCCUCGCCUAGGCAGGAGACGCCGUUCAGAACUAGAUCGUCUUCAAGUAGACAUGAAAUUUUCAGGUAAGAGGUGUACAGACUCAGUUUUCUUAAGGCAUAACCUUAAAGAAGUGUUUUACAAGGACCCACAAAUCUACAAAGGCCUGAACGUUACUACCCAUCACCUUAACCGAUGACUCUAAAUUUUGUUAGUCCUUAAAGAAUGUGAUUUCUUGCUCUUUGACAAUGUUGUCUAAUUUAUUUUUUCAGGGCCACUUUGGCAGUGGUCUGGAAAAAAUUUCCAGAAUAAACGAAAAGGAAAGGGAAAGAAAGUCUUCUAUAAAGCUAUUGUACGAGGAGACGAGACGAUCUCUGUAAGUAAUUCAGCUGUUUUUCGCAGCAGUGUUGUUCUUGCUUUUCUAUUCAAUAUUACUUCAGUCCCUAUCCUUGUCUUAUCUUCAAAUGAGUUUCCAGCAGGCUUUAUUUAGGUUUCGCAUGGUAAAUUAAUUUCGCCAGGCAAAGCAAAAUGAAAAGUAGAGCCCAAUUGAAGUGCAAAGCACGUGAAAGAACAUAAGAAGACCUAUUAAAUUUUUUCUGAACGCACGCUUUUACUUAAGAGACUUGCAUGAAUGAAGUAAGAUCUUUGUUACACAUGCUCUGCUUGUUGCUAAGAUACAGGUUUGAACCCGUGCCUAAUAGCUGUGGCUCAAUUAUGACCAUUGGUUUGCCAGCUACCUACCAAUAAAUGUAAGCACGCACUCAAAAAACAGUUUGACGAGAGAAAACAAGAUUUGCUAGUGCAGAAGUUCAGGUUUCGGCAGCUUCAAAGGCUUGAUGCGAUUCAGCCUGACCAUCCUUUUCUCCCACUCGAUCAAGAAGAAGACAAAAGGAGGCUCUGUUGGCAGGGCGAACGGAGUUGGGCCUGUUUCCCUCUUUCCUUCCCCUCCUUUCUCCCCCCUCCUCCUCAACGCCUUUAAUUAACCGCAAAAGUAAACGUUUAUGAAGUACUGACAGUAUCUUCGAAUAACGAAAUGUGUACUGUUGAUUGACAGGUCGGUGAUUGCGCAGUGUUCAUGUCCAACCCAACAAAAAAUCUCAAUCUCCCGUAUGUUGGUAGGAUCGAGAGCAUGUGGGAGGGUUGUGGUGGCAAUAUGGUGGUAAAAGUCAAGUGGUUCUACCACCCGGAGGAAACAAAACCAGGAAGAAAGCCCUCUGAUGGGAAGGUAGGCACUUUUGAAUCAGUGGUAAUAUGAAUGCCUUAAAAAGGGCAAAUGUGAUGUCUCCUAGCAACAGAUCAAAAGCAGUUGUUAGACAAAAAACUUGAUGACUCUAUAGGGAAUGCCUUCGUCAAAGAUAACCCAUCUUGAUUUGUAAGCAAAUUUUAAAGUGGAGAGCAAUGUAUAUGAUAUGUAUGAUGAUAAAAUCGUCAAAAGGGAACUUCUAAUUCGAGUGCUGGUCCCCUUUUUUGCUCCCUUACCUGGUGCAGUUUUCAUUGAGACAAACUGUGCUCAUUGGCGGACUUUCUUUCAUCUUUAAACCCUACUGUCAGUAUCCUCAUCCUACCACAGGAAACAUACAAAGAAGAUUGCGGACUGAUGAGGAGAAUUUGUUCAAUAAUCAAGGCCUUUUAUACCACCUGUUGAAUCUAUUAUUUAACGCUCAAAGCUUAGAUCAAUCUGUUACACAUACGGUCAACUCUCUGAGAGAAACCUCUCUGAGACCGGUACGAAGUGUCCUCUACGAGUAAUGUUCGUAUGAAACUGGAAAUGAUCCUCGCGGUUGAAUAAACAACCUGAGCAGUUGAAAAAGAAACUGUAAUGUCCAUCUUAAAGAGAGUCAUACAGAGGGAGCAAAGAAAGGCAGGGACCAUCUCUAGGUGUUCGUUUUACAGAGGUGUUCGUUAAGAGAGUCGACUGUAUAUCAGCAUGAGCUGAAGUAACUUAAUUUCUCUCCAUUGUUGCAGCAAUCUUUGUACCGCUCCACCCAUGUAGAUGAAAACGACGUGCAAACCAUCUCUCACAAGUGCGAAGUGCUCACUCCUGAGGAGUUCAAACAACGCCUUCAGAGUCUCGAUUCACCGAGUACUAGGACUUCUCUGUCAGACCGGGUGUUCUGUUGCAUCGGAAGCUACGACCCCAAUAACGAGACGCUACAGACGGAACUGUAA